CUUCGACGCCAAGCAAAGCAGUCACGUCUCCCAGAUCUCCCCACCACCAGCGUCGCACGACAAUCCCCCCCUCUUCCUUCUCGACCCAAUCCCAAGCUCCCACCCGAUCCGGCCAUGGCGAGACCCCUCCUCCUCUUUCUCCUCCUCGCCGCCCUCGCCGCCUCCGCCGCCGUCCCUGCCCGCGCGACGCUGGGCGGGGUCGGCCGCGGCACCGGCCCGCGGGUGGGCGGGUGGAGCGCGAUCCCGGACGUGAGCGACCCGCACAUCCAGGAGCUGGGCGGGUGGGCGCUGGGGCAGGCGAAGCAGGCGCGGCUGGCCGGCGAAGGGCUGCAGUUCCGCCGCGUGGUGCGCGGGGAGCAGCAGGUGGUGUCCGGGAUGAACUACCGCCUCUACAUCGACGCUGCGGACGCCGCGGGGCGGAGCGCACCCUACGUCGCCGUCGUGUACGAGCAGAGCUGGACCAGCACCCGCCAGCUCACCUCCUUCAACAAGGCGCCCCGCGCCCACUGAAUCAUCUGUCCAUGCCUUGAUCCACCCCGGCGGCCCGGUUCGGCGGUCGGCGACGACGGCGUCUCCUCUCCUCCAUGUUUAAUUAGUAAUUACUUCUAGUGAACAUUACUGCUCCUAGUAUAUGCUGCCAGUGAAUGAGUACUGCGUUUUACUACUAGUUGCUGUUGUGGGGUUAAUCUGCGACCCAGCCAUGUGGAUGAAGAUGCGCGUAAUCGAUCGAGGCUAUGUGCUAGAAGUAGAACUACUGCUGGAAUGUACUCCUAUAAUGAUGUAAUCAAGGGUUUGUGCCUGUGUUGGCUCUUGUGUUAAUGGAGUUACUGUCGUAUUGAUGUCGUU